CCACUCUCUCUCUCCCUCUCACUCUCUUUCUAGACCACUCAUCCACUCCCCCCCCCCCGACUCAUUUCCCCUCCUCCCCAGUUCCACCAUGUCCAUUGCUCUGAAGCAGGUCUUCAAUAAAGACAAGACCUUCAGGCCCAAGCGGAAGUUUGAGCCAGGAACUCAGCGUUUUGAGCUGCACAAGCGCGCCCAGGCCUCGCUCAACUCGGGCGUGGACCUGCGUGCCACCGUGCAGCUGCCGCACGGUGAGGACCUCAAUGACUGGGUCGCCGUCCACGUGGUCGACUUCUUCAACCGCGUCAACCUCAUCUACGGCACUGUCUGCGACUUCUGCACCGAGAAGACAUGUCCAAUCAUGUCGGGUGGGCCACGGUACGAGUACCGCUGGCAGGACGAUUGUAAGUUUAAGAAGCCCACAGCUCUGCCCGCACCGCAGUACAUGAACCUGCUGAUGGACUGGAUCGAGGUCCAGAUCAACAAUGAGGACAUCUUCCCCACCAGCAUAGGGAUCCCCUUUCCAAAGAACUUUAUUCAGAUUUGUAAGAAGAUCCUUUGCCGUCUGUUCCGGGUCUUCGUGCACGUUUACAUCCACCACUUUGACCGGAUCAUCCUGAUGGGAGCUGAGGCCCAUGUCAACACCUGUUACAAACACUUCUACUACUUUGGCACCGAGCACAACCUACUGGACCGCAAGGAACUGGAGCCACUGAAAGAGAUGACGUCGAGGAUUUGUCAUUGAAGAGCCAUAUGGAACAGUCUGGAAACUUUAAUAAAUCUGAGGACUUUAAUGAGCCGAUGCCCUCUUCACCAGAGGUUGCCGUGGAUACGGCAGGCUGCCACGGCAGCCGGAGCGACUGUAGAGUUUGGGUGACGUCGGGAUGGUGAAAACCAUCACACAGGCUCAUAUACACCUCCCAGUGACACAGAGAACUGACACGUCCACUUCAGUUAACGAAACACAACAGCACCAUCUACUGGUGAGGACAGCACACUGACACUACCUCAGCAGUCAACUCUAUGGGAGUCCUGAUUAGACGCCAGCAGGGUCCUGGAUCACUGUCCUCUGAGUUACAUCUCUGAGACUAAUACAGAGCUAAUACAGUACUUCAGUCAGCAGAGACAAAUUAAAGUCUCAAACCAUUAUACUUUUUCUUUUCAUUUUCUAUAGAACAGCAGUGGUGCGGUGGUUCUGAUUCUCUGCAGUGAUUCUGUGAGAUUCUGGUUUAAAAAGACAAUAAAUUUAGUAACUGAACCUAAUCUGUGUGAUUUGUGGUGAGGAGUCCAAUUAGAGGUGUUGUUUGUUUGAUUAAUGAAAGAGAUUUGUUUUUAAUUGACUCAUGACCUUACAGAAUGUGGUGGAAUCUGUGUAGAUGAUAUCAACAGAAAUAAUGAUUCUAAUGAUGUUGUAUCUACUUUGAAAUAACCAGGCUUUCUGGCUAAGGAUCUGCUUUUACAUGCCAGCGUUUUCACACUGCAUGAGGAAACAGCCUCACGUUGUCAUGCAGAAAGCUGUUUUGUUUUUUUUUCUUUUUGCCUUGUUUUUUCUCAGACCUGUCACCUGUCACACAAACGAGCUUAUAGUCACAACGAUGAUGAAAUGACCAUAUGCAAUAACUGUAGCUGUGAUAGCAGACUUGUCUAAGCUAAGUACUGUGUGUGUGUGUGUGUGUGUGUGUGUGUCUGUCUGUGUCUAUGUGAGACAGAGAGAGAGAUGAAUUUAUUCACUCUGUCACUCUACAGGUUGAGUGCCUCUCCUCUUGCUCAUUAUCCUGAUUUGUGGAGAAGUCUCUGAUCCUGUUUUUCAUCCAUCUCAAUGCUCUAAGUUAAAGCCAAUGGGCAGGACUGUGUGUGGAUGUAGUGUGUGUGUGUGUGGUCUGUAUUGUGUGUGUGGGCAGUAGUGUGUGUGUGCGUGUGUGCGCGCAGUAGUGUUUAUGGGCUGAUUUGUUGGUUUAUCCUGCAGUGAAAAUCUCGUUUACUUCUCACUCUAGUAGUAAACAAUCAACUGCUGUUUUUAUUCCUAGUCAUUUUCAUCAUCACUAUCAUAAUCAGUUUCCUAAGGUCAUUAUUCCUUGUAUCUCCACAGUGCAAUAAAGCAA